GCUGCUGAGAAGGAGGAGGUGGGGGGAGCGGAGGGAGGUGUUUCUGUCAGUUCCGGCUGUUUGUUCGGGAAGUGGAUCCGCCGCUGCCGGAGCAGCCGGGAGGGAGCUGCGGAUCGCGAGGCCAGUACCGACCCCGCCCGCCCGCACGCGCGCGCCGCCCCCGCCCGCCAUGGCCCGGGACUACGACCACCUCUUCAAGCUGCUCAUUAUCGGCGACAGCGGUGUGGGCAAGAGCAGCUUGCUGUUACGAUUUGCAGACAACACCUUCUCAGGCAGCUACAUCACCACGAUCGGAGUGGAUUUCAAGAUUCGCACCGUAGAGAUCAACGGGGAGAAGGUGAAGCUGCAGAUCUGGGACACAGCAGGGCAGGAGCGCUUCCGCACCAUCACCUCUACGUAUUACCGGGGGACCCACGGGGUCAUUGUGGUUUACGACGUCACUAGUGCUGAGUCCUUUGUCAAUGUCAAGCGAUGGCUUCAUGAAAUCAACCAGAACUGUGAUGAUGUUUGCCGAAUAUUAGUGGGCAAUAAGAAUGACGACCCUGAGCGGAAGGUGGUAGAGACAGAAGAUGCCUACAAAUUUGCUGGGCAGAUGGGGAUCCAACUCUUUGAGACCAGUGCCAAGGAGAAUGUCAACGUGGAAGAGAUGUUCAACUGUAUCACAGAGCUGGUUCUACGAGCAAAGAAAGACAACUUGGCGAAACAGCAGCAGCAACAACAGAACGACGUGGUGAAGCUCACGAAAAACAGUAAACGAAAGAAACGCUGCUGCUAAUGCCCCGGUCCACUGCAGAGACUGCACUGCUACCCUCCCCAGCCCGAGGCCCUCGGGGGCACCUCGGGGACAGUCUCAGUUUAGUGCCGUUAUUUAAAGAAUUCUCUCCACGUUUUUGUAUCGGGAGGCGCCAUCGGCACAUCCUCCCCCUUCCCCUUGAGUGCCAAGAAGGUGUUGGACGAGCCUGCCCUUCCCGACUGGUGCCCUUUUUCCUGCUGAGGCGCCUGGACCUGGUGAGGACGCUGCCAGCUGAGCGGACUGAUUAACCCAUUUGUACAUAGUGUAUAUUGCAUUAACCAGCUGCACACCCUCAGCCUGCUCUGGCUUUUGCCUCCUUCCUGCCAACCUGCUGCAACAGACCCUCCCAAGCCCUCCUAUUCCAUCUCGACGGCAGCUUCCUGAGGAGCCGGCCUCAUGUCCUAGCUGAGUCUUUGGCCAUCUUGGGGCCCAUGGAGUGCACUCCACAUGGCUCCUACCCUACAGCUGCUCCAGAAGCUGGGGAACCCGCCUCCACACUGGCCCUGCCUUCUGCUGGCCCUAGGCCUUCAGCUCCAUAGAGGAAGUCAGUCCUGCCCUUUUGGCCAACAGGUUUCUCGUUCUGCCUUCUCAGAUGUCUCUGCUACAAACCCAGGGAGCUGUGGCUUCUCACUUGCCCAACAUGUUUCAGUUCCAGCAGAAAGGUAGGGGUUCAGAGAUGGAGCUUGUAAGGGGGAGCAUUAUUUUAACAGACACAACAAAUGAAGCCAAAUCAAACGAACUAAGUUCCUCAAUUAUUUCCUUUGAGAUCUGAUUAGUUCAAUAGCAAAAGUUGUAACUGUCCCACUUUGGGCUCAGUGAUUUUAGAAAAGGUGUGAUGGCUUCUGUUCACGGCUAGGCUUUCCCUUUCCUGGGGAAAGGAAGGGCCUUGCACCCUUGUUCCUGUGUGUGCAAGGGCCUCCCACUGGAGCUGGUCUGUAAUGUAGUACUAGGCGCCUCUGGCAGCCUGGGGCUGCCGGCCUAUGGGAGACACCUCCAAGCUGGGACAGGCAGCUUUGCAUUACUGACAGACCGGUUUUAGUGUGAAGCGGUAGGAAGAUUCCUUAGCCACUGGGAAGCAGUGGCAGUGGGGUGGGGGUAGCCAGUGACCACCCACCCACUCACCCCAGUUCCCUGGAGUAACCAGGGUAAUCUGCAUUUGAUUACUUCCCCUUCUCCAGGACACUUGGUUCCCUUUCCCCUAAGGAUCAUGUAACUGGGAAGAACUGAUUUGGACACCAUAAUGGGUUUUACUAGAUUUCCUUUCCUAGCGAUUUCCAGGCACAGUCCUGACUGGACAAUCAUCACAGAAUACUGCAGAUUUUCCAUGUUAACACUGUGGAUGGGUUUUUAAUCAAUAAAACUGGGGUUUUCUUCUCA